AUGCCGCCUUGGAUUCGCACAUUAACACCGCAAUCCUAUACAUCUGCGUUGCCUCGAUCACCAAUUAUCCUGGGAGUACGCAGGUGUCACGCACAAGCCUCUCAUACUCAGGCCGGCCCCUUGGCUGGCGUCAAAAUCCUCGAUUUAUCUCGAGUUUUAGCUGGCCCAUUCUGCACUCAAAUACUAGCCGAUUAUGGGGCCGACGUUAUAAAGGUUGAGCAUCCUAAAGGCGGCGAUGAUACCCGCCUCUGGCGAGAGGCCGGAGAGGAAGCUAUCUGGAAGCCAAAUACCAAAGACACAUCUCUCUACUUCAAUACAAUCAAUCGCAAUAAACGGUCCAUCUCGGUCAAUUUGAAACACGAGAAGGGUAGGGCCGUGGUUUUGCAACUAGCAAAGAAAGCCGACGUUGUUGUUGAGAACUUCAUCCCCGGCAAACUCGAUAGUCUAGGUCUCGGAUAUGAAGUUUUGAAGAAGACCAAUCCAUCUCUCAUCUUGGCCAGUAUCUCCGGCUACGGCGCCGAUGGUCCCUAUGCGCAACGUGCAGGAUACGACGUUAUAGGCGCUGCCGAGGGCGGCUUACUUCACGUCACAGGCGAAGGAGACGGACCACCCACCAAGCCAGGAGUCGGCAUCAUAGAUAUGUGCACGGGGCUUUAUCUCCACGGCGCCAUCGCUUCUGCGCUCCUUGCGCGGGAAAAGACCGGCCUCGGCCAAAAGAUCGACACGUCACUAUUUGAGACUACCAUUUCCACCUUAGCGAACGUGGGUAUGGCCUGGUUGAAUCUUGGCAAGGAAGCACAGCGAUGGGGCACGGGGCAUCCCACGAUCGUACCCUAUGAAGCGUUUACAACGAAGGAUGCACAUAUUGUUGUUGGCGCGGUGAAUGACAGACAGUUCAACGUCUUGUGCGAGCGUUUAGGGAAUACGAAGCUGGCUCAAGAUCCUCGGUUUAGGGAUAACAAUUCGAGGGUCGAAAAUCGGAAAGAGCUGAAGUAUAUUCUGGAUAAAGAACUCGCUUCUGAGUCGACCUCGUUCUGGGAAGAAAGAUUUGAGGGUAGCGGCUUGCCGUACGGUCCGAUCAAUAAUAUGGAGAAAGUCUUUUCACAUCCCCAGGCCAUUGCGAGGAAUAUGAUUGAGACUGUCGAGCAGGGUGCGGCAUUAUCGGGGAAAAUACAAGUUCUUGGUAAGUUCUUUACAAUUCUCUUCACCCUAUUCGAGGCAUUUACUGAGACAGUCGUCCAAACAGGUAUGCCAGUCAAAUUCAGCGAGUCUAAAGGGUCAAUUAGACGCGGUCCACCAGGUCUGGGAGAGCACACGGAUGAUAUACUGCAGGAACUGGGUGUGCCAUCUACUGCUAUAUCCGAUCUUCGGAAGAAUGGAGUUAUAUAG